UCGCGCGUCGUAGAAAACCCUGAAAAACAAAAAAAAAUUAACAAAACUCCAAUGACCCGCUAUCAACAAAAUGCAUAAUUUAUUAAUACUCCGUCUGUGAUACAGUACUGUUGCCUGUUGCUGUUGUGUGAUAUUUUGUUCGAAAACCUGCUACUGCUUCGUUACUUACGUGUUGAAAAGUUACUUGAAUUUGUUUAAACAAAGUGAAGGUCGUGGUAGAAAGAUAAGCGAUUUGUCUGAGAGUCCGACGUUUGUUUUUCUUUAAUAGUGCAUAACGAAUUGAGUUGAAGUGUUUUGGACUGCCACAGUGACAACCCCUACUUGACACUUUCAAUAAAGGAUAUAACCACUUGUUGGACCUAAUUACCUGCUUUGGAUUUAUUAAGAUUCUAUAAAAUGGAGAAUCUAACAGUCAGACACUGCAUCCAUCUUCAGCAUGGACAUCUUAGUUCGACAAAAUGCCGUUGAAAGUGUCAACGAAGAAGAAAAAUCCACGCAGGACAGUUCAGCGAACCAAACAGACAGCGGCUGUGAAACGAGCACGACCAAAUCAAUCGAAGAAUCACUAACCACUACGACAAUAGUCACAACACAAGUGAGAAUCGAUAACGACUUACUAAUACUACAAAGAGACCCAGAAACCGAUAGAAAAAUCAUCAACAAGACUGCUUAUGCGAAGCUGCAUAGAUCCCUGUCACCAACGAGACAACUAGACUCAAUAAAAGCCAAAUACGAAAAUUCAGAAAACGAAAGUGGCAAAAGUGAUGCAGAAACACCCAAACUAAAGCACGUACCACCUCCUAAGUUGACCAAGCAAGAACAGGAGUUCAUUAGAAACAAGUCCAAGCUUCCAUUAGCCAAACCAAGACAAAGUGUGAAGAGCGAAAUCAUCUUGCCCAAUAAGAAAACCAACGAGAAAUACAAGUACAGAAACAGCCUAAACCUGGAUAGAAGGACGAAGAAGAGGGAUGAAAAUUCUAACGAAGUUUUCAGAAAGAACAGCUCUAGCUCUGGGGAAUUCAUCACCGUAGUUACAAGAUCAGAAUCGAUAGAAACUGUAGACAAGCUGGGAAAAGAAUUAGACUUGUUCACGAUGGAUUCUGGAAAGCCCAAAGACAAGAAACGCGCCAACAGUUUCCGGAAAAUAUUUUCUGGGAAGUUAUUUGGGAGCAAAGAAAAGAAGAAAAAAGAAGAAACUGAGAGUUUGCAACAAAAAAAGAAUGUAAAUAAUGAAAAUCUACAAAACGAGACCAGUGCCUUUACCAGACAGUCGCCUUAUAGACAGAGCGGAGGCAAUUCUUCUAUUCCAAAGCCAACUAGGAUACCACAGAUGGAAGAAAAAAUUCCUCCUCCUCCUUUAAAAGUAAUACAAGAAAUGGAACAUAAAUAUGCACAACAACACGUAAAAGAAUUUAACAAUAUAAAACAAACUUUCGAAAAUCCUGACAGUCCUGUACACAAGGAACAGCCAGUUAAAGUAACAAACCCCGGUCCAAUGGACUUCAAGAAGGUAGCUAAUAUAAACAAAUUUAUCGAUACUAGUUCUUCAGCUAGUACCAUGGAGUCUGAUCGGGAAAAUUCCUUUAAAAAAUAUAGUAGUGAUUCAGAAAGUCCCUACAAGUCUCUUCGAUUUGCAGACACCAAUAGGAACACUCCACCUAGAGCACAAGAACUGCGACAGAUCCAAGAUGUACGAUUAGUGAAUCCCAAAGCUUUGAUUCCUAUAAACUCAGAGAGGCCUUUACCCAAUCCCUACCAGAACUCUUUGACCAAACCAAAAAUUAGUCCCAAACCGCAAUUACCCCUUCCAAAAUCUAUCUCUUCGCCCAAAGCAAAAACAUUCCCCCAACCUACGUUGAACGAUACAUAUGGUACAGUUCUGGACAGUCUGGAGGUUAAAAAGGAGGCUUCAGUUCAAUAUAACUUAGUUCAGAAGCCACCCAGAUCACCUUCGUUGGAACAGACGAAGCUAAGACUGCCACCAAAUAGAGAUAUUGGUCCUAUGUCACCUCGAAUGAGGUCUCCUAUACCUCAACAUCACGUUAGUGCUGAAAAGCUGAUAGCUACAGAGCUGUUAAGGGGCUCCCGAUCUCCAACUCCAACAAAAAAGAAAAAUAGUCAACUCAACUCGAGUCAUCAGAAGUUAGAGAUCAGUAUUGAUUACCCAGACAAUAUUGGCGUUCAAAGAAAUGAUAAUGUAAGAAGUAAUUUCGUUGUCACCAGCAAACCUCCUAUAUCGAGAAUACCUGAAUAUGUUAGGAAUAACCAAUUAUCCCCUAACUAUGAAAAUAAGAAUAAUAUGAUGAUUUAUGCUAAAUCACAAGAACCGAGGCCAUCAGAAUAUGUGAAUAUCCAAAGAAAUAACCAAAGAUCCCCAAAUUUUGAUAACAGGACUGUUAAUGCGAUUGUUGGUUCACAGGAGAGACUUUUGGAUCUGCAAAAAGGUGGCCAUUAUUCACCAAACUACGAAAAUAGAAUGCGACUGAUCAGUUCCCAAGAAAAACUAUCCGUAAAAUCACCAGAACCAGUUAUGCCAAGAGCCAAUCAAAUUUCUCCUAAUUACGACAACAGAAAUAUGAAUAUUGGAUCGCAGGAGAGGCUGGUACAUCGAGCAACCCCUGAUCAUCUUGUGAUCCAGAGAAAUGUUCAAAGUUCUCCCGUUUAUGAUGUCAGGAAUCUUCAAGGAUCUCCUGGUUAUGACGUGAGAAAUGUCCAAGGAUCUCCCGUUUACGAUAUGAGAAAUAGACUAGGUUCACAAGAAAAACUGUUGAACAGUACAAUGAGAUCCCCCACUCCCAGCAUGAUUCUAGCUAAUCCAGACCUUUCUUCCGUAAGGCAAGGCAGCUCCAGGUCAUCCACUCCCGUUGAAAUGCGACAGCCACCAUCAAACAAACAUUCGCCGAUAAAAGAAGAAAUGAGAAAGAGCGUAGAGGCUUACUACUGGAAAGAAAUUAAGAAGUUAAAAGAGCAGGAGAACGUAGAUUUGUAUUACUAUCAAAUGCAGGUGAUGCCCUUCGGUUAUGCCGAAGAUCCUAUCAGCUUUAGAAGGUCGAGAAGCUCUUCACCAUCUCAAAGAAAUGGUAGGAGAAGCCUUAGUUUACCAAGAGAGCCGAAAUCGCAGAUACCGGUAGUAGAAGUCGAGACUUACGGUAGGUUUCAACCUACUCCUAUUCCAGAAGGUAGAGCUGUUGUUAAUCAACACUACCAGAAUCAGUAUCCACAACAGUUUAGGAGAAACGCCCCUGAAAGAAGAACUGUAGAUGUGGUGCAAAGAGGUGAUAACGCUCUUUAUAGACCAAUUUUCAAGAGAGGCAGCCUUACGACUCCUUCAAGGGAGUUAAUGGAUGAUCAGCAAUAUAAGAAAGUUAGUUUUGGUAAUGGUGCUGCUGAUGUUUGGCCUACAAAGAAUGGUUAUACUCAAAAUCCGCCACAGCGGAAAGAGGAAGCUAGAAGACUUGACAGUAUAGACGACGACGUAUUCUUGCCAAACCCACAACAAACUAGUAAACUUAUCGUAGACGGGAAAGAGAUCUACGGAUAUGCAAAUAGACCGUACAGUAACCAAACUGUACGACAAGAUCCUCCUUAUUAUCAAAAUUUCUCGAGGCAGGUGCACCAGGAACCAACUUAUGGAUACAGAGGUCCUGUAAGAGAUAAUAUUCCUGAAGAACCUGCCCAUCUUACCAGGUAUAAUUCAGUACAGCUGGUGGAGCCAAUAUAUGGCCAACAUCAACGAGUUUCCAGGAGAAUGUCUUUCGAUAAUUCGCAGACGUAUAUUCCUAAGCCACAAAUACAGCAACGAAGACAGAUAUUUAUCAAAGAUGACAUUUAUGGUUAUAUGGGAGGCUAUGUACCUAAUGAUCAGCAGAAUGUUGUGUACGCCUCAAGACAAAGCAUUGUCGAGCCUGUAUAUGGUUAUUCUAGGGGAGUACCUAGACAAAUUACAGUCAGGGACAAAGUUUGCGACAUGUAUGGCCAGAUACACGAUCAAAACAGCCCCUCUUUGAACGUACGAAGAUCUGGGGUGAUGCUGGGGCAGCUCCAGCCUGUACCACCUUCCCAUCCCCCUCCUCAGAACUUUGUGCGUAAUUCUAGACUAACCGCAAGUGCCAAUGACAUGUACAAGCGGUACCAAAACGUGGAUAACAGAUAUCCCAACCAUGUGAUUCCUGUACAUAGAGAUGUUGCCCCUUCCAGGCCCCUUCCUCCUGUUCCUAUGGAUAAAAAAGUGUAUUUCCGACAAAACAAAGAGACUGUGCCAGAAAUGAGUGAUGUGCAAAAUGGUAAUAGUGUCGCGAAAAGUAAAAAACGCGGUAUAUUCGGUAAGUGAGCUUAGAUUUUUGAGAUUGAGGAAAGAUUUUUAGAACGACUAAAUUUAUAAUAUACUACGUUUACUUUUAGAUUAGAUAUAGGGACUUAAAAUGGCAAUACUGCCGGCUUACCAUAUGCAAUAAGCUACAUACAGUGUGUCAAUUUGAAAAGUUGCCACCCCCUAUAAUUUGGUCCCUAUAGAAAAUCUAAAAAUAUGCAAAACACGUCAAAUUUGUUUGUGAGGGGGACAUUUUGUAGACCAGUUUUCAACUAAAUUACACCAACCCUAUAGCGGGGACGGACACAACCCCCAAAAUCUUUAAUGGAAAGGGGGGUUAAGUGAUACCUCAUUUUGAAGGUCAUUAAAUUACCUUUUCAAAAAUACCACAUGCCUUAUAUUUCUUUUUAGUACUUUUGGAAAAAUCUUGGACUCAAUACUCUAAAAAAUUUUGGAGUUCUGAACUCGAUACUUAAUAUCUUUACGGUUUUACUUGAUUUUUCCAAAAAUACUUCAAAAAAAUACUAUAAAUACUUCAACACCCAAAAAAAAUUCAAUUUGGACUUCAAUACUCCAAAAAAAUUUUUGGAGUUCUGAACUCGAUAUUUAAUUAUUAAAAUUAAUUAUAAAAAAAUUAAAAUUACUGAAAAGAAAUAUAAUGUAUGUGGUAUUUUUGAAAAGGUAAUCGAACGACCUUUAAAAUGAGGUAUCACUCAACCCCCCUUUCCAUUAAAGAUUUUGGGGGUUGUGUCUGCCCCCUCUAGAGGAUGAGUGUAAUUUAGUUGAAAACUGGUCUGUAAAAUGUCCCCUUCACAAAUAAAUUUGACGUCUUUUGUAUAUUUUUAGAUUUCCUAUAGGGACCAAAUUAUAGGGGUGGCAACUUUUUAAAUUGACACCCUAUAUAUGCGGUAUUAUUAUAAAUUUUAAUUUAUAGACAUGUAAACAUUAAAAGUGUCGGCGGCAUGAUUGUAGUCAUUGAGUAUCAAUUCCAUUGCCGGCUUCCCAAAUUCAAUCAGCUCUGGGUUAUUAUUAUAAUUUAUAGACAUGAUGUAUUUAUAAACAUUAAGAGGGUAGGCGGCAUAGUCAUAAAGUAGCAGUUUCAUCUUCAGAAUAUAGGUUACUAUUUCUUUAGUUUUUUAAUAUUCUUUUAAAAAUCCUGACUUGUUAAUUGCUUACAUUAUUUAUUAAUUAAAUUAAUAGGAUUUUUUUAACUCUGUAUUCAGUGAUUACAAUAAUUUACGUACUAUGCAAUAAAAACGAAUAAUUGAGAUAAGAGAAAAAUUAAUAAAGUGAUUAAUAACAUACUGUGACUAUCGGAACGAGUAGAUAAAUGUUGAACAUCUUUAACUAGUCCAGAGAAAUAAGGUUUUUUUCGGGGCACUUGAGCAGCCAGGUUGCAAAUGGAUUUUUUGGGUACUAUAUACCUAAUACAUUAUAAAUACAAAAAUGCCCGUCACAGUUCGGACGAGAAACUUAGUUAUUAACAAAUAAGGGCCAAAAAUGGUAGCUUUUUUUCGUUUAAGUCGCUACAGGUAAAAAUAGGGUAAUUAAACAUCUUAUUUAUAAUAUUCUUCUUUUUGUAGAUGAGCCAAGGUUUAAAAUGGCACUUUUUGAAUUUUCGUCCGAUCCUUUUUUGUUUCGGAAAGUGCAAAAUAAGACUAGAAUUUCAAAAAUAAAAAAUGUGCUAUAACUUUUGCGAAAAUGGCCUUAAGAUUUUCAUAUUGCACGAAAAGUUGAGUUAAACAUUCCAUAUAAUUCACAAACAAUUUUAAGACGAUUCGUCAAUUAGUUUAAAUUUUAUUCAAUUUGUUUAUCGCAAAGAGCUUUUUUUUUCGCAAUGUAAUUGUUCAGAAAAUAAUAAUGACAUAGCAAUUCUGUCGAAACCACAUGCAAGAAUAAUAGUUAUAUUUUUAAAGUAUUGAAAAAAAAAUCAUUAAAAAGUCGUUUUUAUCACUCCGAAAAAAGUUCAUUUUUGGCUUCUAAACAAUUUGAAUAACUUUGUUAAUAUUGACUAUAGAGUAAAUCUACUGUAGGAUUUCAAAAGCUGGUAUUUUUAUACGAAUUUUCAGAAAAAAAAACUUUUUGCCUAGGUUAAUUAGGUUCAAAGUUAGCCACUUUUAUUAUUUAAUUCGCAGUUACUUCUAUAUACAUCAAAAUCUCCUGUAACAGUGUUAGUUACCAUACUACUCCGAAACGGCUUGGCCGAUUGUUAUAAAAUUUUACACGUUUAUUCUGUAGGACGUUGAAGAGGUUUUAAUCUAUUUUUUAUACGCAUAAGUUAUAAGCCCCCCUGACAUUUUUUUUAAUUUUUUUGGACAAAAUUAUCUAUCUUAAUUUUAUAUGAUGUAGAAUUAUAAAAUACAUACAACCCUUAAUUUUCACUCUUGUAUCACCAACCCCUAUUUGUUAUUAGCCAUCUAUAUAUUUACAUCUAUAAAAUUCUCCUGUCACAGUGUUAGUUUCCAUACUCCUUCGAGACCGCUUGACCGAUUUUUAUGAAAUUAUAUAUGUAUAUUUGGUAGGUCUUAGAAUCGGUCGUAAUCUAUUUUUAAUAUCCCUGAGUGAUAAUGGGAGUUCCCCCUAACAUUUUGUAAUGUUAGGUGGGGUUGUGUGUACAUAACGUACUCUAUAAGACUACGAGUACAUACAAAUUAAAAAAAUUAUGAUCAAAAUCCAUCAACAAGUUCCAGCGAUAUUAAUCGCAGCAUAUGUUUGCAGAAUUAGUUUCGUUUUUUGAGUGCACGUAUUUUAGUAAUUCCCCUCCACCGACCACGAAUUAGUUCCGUUCGGACGCCAUUUUUAAAGCUUUAUUAACCACUCUGUUGAGGUUCAAAGUUUAAUCAAACUUUUACACAUAACCUAUAUAUCUUCAACUUCAAAAUUGCUCUAGUUAGGUUGCUUAAUUGUUAUAAACAAAGUAGCCGUCAAUUAAAUAAAAAAAGUGGCUAACUUUGACCUUAAUUAACCUAGGCGAAAAGUUUUUCUUUAAAAAUUCGUAUAAUAAUACCAGUUUUUUAAAUUCCAUUGUAGUUUUAGCCUACAGUCAAUAUUAACAAAGUUAUUCAAAUUGUUUUUAAGCCAAAAAUGACUCUAUUUUAGUAAAAUGUUUUCUGAGUGAUAAAAAUGACUUUUAAUGAUUUUUUUAAAUCCGUUGAAAAUAUGACUAUUCUUCUUUCAUGUUGUUUUCACAGAAUUGCUGUAUCAUUAUUAUUUUCUGAACAAUAACAUUGCGAAAAAAAAAGCUCCUUGGGAAAAACAAAUUGAAUAAAAUUUAAACUAAUUGACGCAUCGUCUUAAAUUUUUUUGUGCAUUGUAUGGACUAUUUGGCUCAACUUUUCAUGCAAUAUGAAAGUCCUAAAUUCAUUUUCGCAAAAGUUAUAGCAAAUUUUUUAUUUUCAAAAUUUUAGUUUUAUUUUGCAAUAUACGUAGCAACAAAUAAUCGGACCAAAAUUCAAAAAACGCUAUUUUAAACCUUGGCUCAUCUACUAAAAGAAAAAUAUUAUAAAUAAGACAUUUAAUUACCCUAUUUUUACCUGUAGCGAUUUAAACGAAAAAACUCUCAUUUUUGACCCUUAUUUGUUAAUAACUAAAUUUCUCGUCCAAACUGUAACGGGCAUUUUUGUAUUUAUAAUGUAUUAGGUAUACAGGGUGUUUCAUUAAUAAUUGUCCAUAUAGUAACUGGAGAAACCUUAGCACAAAAUACGAAGAUUUAACCUAAAACACUUAAAUAAAAUGUGGUUCCUUACUGAGUUACAGGGUGUUUUAUCUAAAAAUUUAAAAACUAUUUUUGCUCAGCAUUUUAAAACUAUUUAAAGUAUCCUUUUCAUACUUGGCAGAAAGUACGACUACUAGACACCCUACUAAAUUAUGAUAAACAAACGUUUCUAGCUACUACCAGAGGCGCACGACAGGGGAUGGUGAAUGGUUGACCCUUCUCAAAUUCUACGCCACUGGAUGAAUUACUAUUUUAGUGCCAUUUUUAAAUUCUCCAAUACUUUCUACGUAAAUAAUAUACUCUUCAUUGGUAACGAUUAAGUCAUUAGUUUUCGAGAUAUUAGAAGUUAAAUAUAAAACGGCACAGUUAUUUUGAUUAAUUUAUGAAUGAUUCAUAUGAUUAAAAUUUAAAAAUUAUUUGUACCCAGUACUUUAAAACUAUUUGGCGUAUCCUUAUCAUACUUGGCAGAAAGUGUAGGUACUGUAGAUCCUACUAAAUUAAGAUAAAUAAACGUUUCUAGCUACUACCAGAGGCGUACGACAGGGGAUAGUGGCUGGUCGACUCUUACCAAAUUCUACGCCACUGACGAAAUUGCUAUUUUAGUGUAAUUUUUUGAUUUUGCAAUACUUUUUAUGUAAAUAAUAUACUGUUCAUUCGUAACGAUAAAAUGAUUAGUUUUCGAGAUAUGUAUUUGAAAUUAAAAAUGAAGCGACACAAAACACUGAUCAAAAUAACCGUGUUAUUUCAUUUUUAACUUCAAAGAUCUCGAAAACUAAUGACUUUAUCGUUACAAAUGAAGAGCAUAUUAUUUUCAUAGAAAGCAUUGGAGAAUCCAAAAAUUGAACUAAAAUAGCAAUUUCGCCAGUGGCGUAGAAUUUGGAAAGGGUCAACCACUCACUUUCCCCCGUCGUACGCCUCUGAUAAUAGCCAGAAACGUUUGAUUAACAUAAUUUAGUAGUUUGUACAAUACCUAUACUUCCUGCCAAGUAUGAAAAGGAUACGUCGAAUAGUUUUAAAAUUCUGAGCAAAAAUAGUUUUUAAAUUUUUAGAUAAAACACCCUGUAACUCAGUAAGGAACCACAUUUUAUUUAAGUGUUUUAGGUUAAAUCUUCAUACUUUAUGCUAAGGUUUCUCCAGUUACUAUAUGGACAAUUAUUAAUGAAACACCCUGUAUAGUACCCAAAAAACCCAUUUGCAACCUGGCUGCUCAAGUGUCCCGAACAUGGUAUAUUUUUGCCUUAUUUCCCUGGUGUAAACAGUUAAAAUACAAUUUUAAAUGUUUGGUAUUUAAUAAAUGAAAUUUGAGAAGCCGCUUUAUUUAACCCUUUGCCGGUAAUUUAACAAUGGUAUUACGUUAUCUACUCCUUGUAAAUUAACAAUUUCAGAACUUAAAAGUGUUUGUUUGAAUCUGCCGAUGCACGAUUACGCAUCGAUACUAUAGUGGAAUAAUAAGCAAUGUUGCCGAUUUUAAUGCUUCCUUCAAUGUGGUAUAUCUAAUUAAAAAGUAAACGUCCUGUAUCUAAAUGUUUUAAAAUUAUUCCACGAUAAAGAACCGUGGGAUCUUUGUGAAACUAAUCUACAAAGAUGAAAUUUUGUGAAACUGAUGUAAUGUUUAUUUUCGAAGAAAUGCCAAAUUCAGAACAAGGUUACCAAAAUUGUUGAUCCCGACAAAAGUGUCAAAACACACAAUUAUACUUUCUUGAUAAGAUAUCGUUAUUUCCAACAAGUUAAUUAGUGCAAUUAAAUAAAAGAUAUUCCGGUUAAACAAAAUAAACAUGAACCUGACAAAUUUACUUCAGAUAAGAAAAAUGUUCUCACGAGUACAAAAUCAAUAAGUAUAGGUCAUUACUCAUUACAAAUUAUUUGGAAAAGUACAUAUUUAGUGUGUGCUUAAAUGUGUAUAUUUUGAAUGAAGUAAAAGAGAGACGUACUCACAAUCAUUUAUUGUUUUAGUCUGACGACCAGUUUCGCUCUCUAAAAUAUUCAGAGCAUCAUCAGGUCAACGGUUACAAGUAAACUAAAUGCUACAUAAUAUAAAAAACCAGAGUUAGAACAUUGUCUGGUUGUUAUCAAAUACUAUAAGAUCAAUCAGGGGCCUGAUUAUAAUUCAUUUCGAGGUCGCAAUUUAAUUUCGACUCCGCCCCGCCAUGACGGUCGCAAUUUAUAGCGAUUCGUAUUCAUUUCGAUAUUAGUUCUAACUGGGGAUAUUAACGUUAUCAUUUUGACACUGCUCAGAAUUUGGGUUGGUCCUCCUGUUUAUUGGAUUUAUUGGCUAUGCAACCACCGUUUGUUGAUAGUCUGGCAAAUUAUCGAAAAAAUGUCAUUUUUGGGAAAAGUUAUUUACCAGCUAUUUUAUUGCUAAAAUCGAAUCUUAAUAUUGCAUAAUAUUAGUAAUAUAGGGUAUGAAAAGUCCGCAGAAAGUGUGUUAUUUUAUUUAUAAACAAAUUAGCACUCCUAAGUCUUCUUUUUUCUUCAAUUAUUGCUCUGUAACUCCUAAGAUUUUUCCUUUAAACCAAAAACACUCAAAUAAAAAUUCACCGCAAUUUAAUUCUGCACAAAGUUUUUUGUUUCGACUUCCUUCAACAAAAAUUUUCCUCGUAAAAUCCGAGUCUUCCCAAAAAAACCUGCAAUUUUCAAUUAAAAUUUUAGGGAAGUAAUUAUUUAUCAAUAAUUAAAUAAAUUUGUGACAUUGAAGAUUUUUUAUAGUAGAUUAUAUAUCAAGACGCCGUGCCGGCGACAAUCUAACCAAUAGUUUAGCAAUAAUUAAAAUGUUAAUUAAAAAAUUUCGGUCGAAAUAAUAACCAGAAAGAUUAUGAUACACCAGAAUAACUAUGAUUUUCGUAUAAAAAAGCACUACAGUAGAACCCCGGUUAACCGAAAUAAAGGGGGGAGAGUCGUUUCGGAUAACCAAUUUUUCGGUUUAGCCGUCAUAUGCUAAAAAUAGCCUAAUAACACGGCGUAUAGGGAAAAUGAAUUUACAAACAAUGUCUAUAUAUACUACUGUAGUAUGUACAGUACAGUAAUACAGUAUUUUAUUACAGCUAUACAAAAUAUUUAAAAUACAAUAAUGGAUUUGUAAAUACAUAGUAGGCUACUAGAGUAUGUACUGUAUAAACUGAACAACUUAAUAUUUACGUUCCGGUUGACCCGGGUUCCGGUUAACCCGAUUUCGGUUGACCGGGGUUCUACUGUAUACCUAUUCAACCUACUUUACAGAAUUGAAAUUGGACUAUUUGAGCGGUCUCAGGAAUGUUAUAAAGAAACAAUUUUUUGGCUUAUAAACAAAUAUAACCCCUCAGAAAAUAUUAGAUUAAAUUAAAUUAAGUUAACGCUGCUGAAAAGUGCACGGCUUCUGUGCCCUUUUUAAAGAAAAAGAAAAAAAAAUGAAUUUGCGAAGAGUGGUUCCAGGAAUAACCGGUCAAAUUUGACCGGCAUUUGCGACAGAGUUAUAGACAACAGGAUUUCAAUCUUUGAACCAUUACCUUUUUAUUCCGGUCCUCUUUGUACAUACAAAUUUUCAUAUCUUCAAGACACUCAUAACAAAAAAGAUUUAUAUGUCACCAAGUUAUUUAAUUAUUGAUAAAUAAUUACUUCCCUAAAAUUUUAUUUGAAAAUUAAAGAUUUUGUUUGGAAAACCCGUAUUUUCCGAGAAAAAUUUCCACAGAAGGAAAUCGAAAAAAAAAUCUAUGUGCAGAAUUUAAUUACAGUGAAUUUUUAUGUGAGUGUUUUUGGUUUACGUUAAAAUCUUCUGAGUUACAAAGCAAUAAUUUAAAAAAGAUUUCGGAGCGCUAAUUUCUUUAUGAACCAAAUAGCACACUUUCUGCGGACUUUGCAUAGCUAUAUUACUAAUAUAUGAAAUAUUAAGAUUUGAUUCCAGCAUGUAAAGCAAUAAAAUAGCUGGUACAUAAUUUUCCUUGUUUUAUACUAAUUUUCCCAGAUUAUUACCUUACAUCUUUCAUUGAGUUGAUAAUUCACGUUGUGGACGUUCUCGAUUAUUAUAUUUCUAACUUAAUACUAUUAUAUCUAAUUCCUCUAAAACCAGCAAAUUUCCAUAAAACUCUGCCAUAUUAAUACCUUUUGCUUUAGUUUUCCUUGCAAGAAACAAACAAAACACAUCUCCUAAACUAAACCUAACCUCGCUUUCGACCAUUCAUUCAUGUCCGUGUCACAAUAAUUUCGACUCGAAAUUAUAAUUUCAACCACUUUUGAGGAGUCGAAAUCAAUUGCGACCUAUCGAAAUUUCAUGACGUCCUUUAGUUAGUUCAACUGAAAUCCACAAGUAUCGCAUAGUCGCAUUUUAACGUCGCCAUAUUGAUUGCGACCUGUUUUAAGUCGAAAUUUGAAUUAGAUUGAGGGCCCAGAUAACAACCAGACAAUGUUAUAACUCUGGUUAUUUAUUUGUUUACAGUUUUAGCAGUUCUAUUUUAUUUUAGCAUUUAGUUUACUUGUAACCAUUGACCUGAUGAUGCUCUGUAUAUUUGGGAGAGCGAAACCGGUCUUCGGAGUAAAACAAUAAAUUAAUGAUUGCGAGUACGUCUGUCUUUUACGUCAUUCAAAAUGAACUCACAUAUGCAACCCAUUCAACUUUUGUAUAUUUUGUUUUAUUAUUCUUAAUAAUUUUUAACGUAUGACCUUAUUUAAAAGGUAAUUUCAUAUCUUUGAUUUCCCAUGUUAAAAUUGGCUUUACAGUAAAACCUCCGUUAACCGAAAUAUUUUGGGGGGUGCCGUUUCGGUUAAAAUGGCAUUGUUUUUUGUAUUCUUCUUGUAUCCAAUUACAUAGUAUUGGAGAACUACAGCUGCAAAACAUCGUUGUCAAAGGAAAACACAAAAGAAAAUAGAGAUAUCUUUAAAAAACACUCUAAACAUGUUCAUUUUCCUUAAUUUUAUUGUUUUUUUUUUAUUUUAAUUUACUUUUUAUUGACGAAAUUAUUGAAACUGUCAGCCAUUUCGGUUAAACGAUAUUUCGGUUAAAAGCGUUUCGGUUAACGGAGGUUUUACUGUAUUCAUAUUUUUAUCAAAUCUGUGAAACUUCUUCUUCUUAACAUUGUAAAAGUCUUUCUUCAAAUUUCAAAGUCUCGAAUUAAGAUCAUGUGUAAAGAAACUACAAAAUAUUCAAGUAUUAUGUACACUUUUUGAUGUUUUCUAUCAAUGUAAUUUUUAUGUAUAAAUUAUUAUAUGUUUACCAGUGCUAUUAUAUUGUUAGCCCAAUAAAAUACCUAAUUUUAUUAUAAA